CAUACAUUCUGUAAAGUGCUCCCGUGCAGUUCGUGUGAAAUUUAAAGCGCUGCGUGAAAAAUUAAGUAAAAGAGUUGAAAAUCAAUAGUUAAACCAACAAAUUUGUUGUUAAGCGGUUGAGCGAGAUCUAAAGUGAACGGGGCCUGAGGGAGAGAGAAAAUGUUGUGAGAACGAAGCUUAAACGUAAUAUAAACAAAAACAAACGCAACAUAUGUAAAUAAAUCGAACAGCAAAUGGAACUGGAACCGGAUCAGGAGCUGGAACAGUUGUUUAAAAAACUGGAACUUGUCGAUUUGGCUUUGUAAGAGAAGUAAAGCUUAUAAGUAAUAUACACAGAAACACAUGUGAAUAAAGCAAACAGCAAAUGGAGCAUGCAAAGCAACUGGAACUGGAACUGGAACUAGAACCAGAGCAGCAGCUGGAGCAGUUGCUUAAAAAACUGGAACAUGUCGAUUUGGCUCAGCUACCCGAAAAGUUCCAAGCACACUUUCAGCAAAAGCCGAGCAACAUUUGCAGUCUGGAGGAUUUCGCAAUUUACUAUUUGGCUGCACUGCGUCAACAUACGGAGCUGCAUUUUCGCGCUGGCACCGAAUCGGAAACCCCUAAACAACACACGCCCGUGCGCCUAGCAAAACCCCCGCCCGUAGAUCAGGAACUGAAUGAAUCCCCGCUCAGUCAGCUGAGCGCGGGCAAUGUGUCCACGCCGGUACGACAGGUGACUCCGCUGCAGCAGCAGCAGCAGGGACGUCGCUCGGCUGGCGUCACGCCGCAAAGCAGCGAGCGAUCGACUAACCGAAGUGGAGGAGGCGGAGGAGGAGGAGGCGGGGCUGGUGCGGGCAGCUUUUGUCUAGCGGAUUUUAUGACCCAUACGACGCCCAAUCAGAGCCAACAGCGCGCGAAGAAGAAGACGACGACGACAACGCCGCUCGAUAAAUCGCAGAAGCCGCGCCGCCGCGUGCUGCCCAUGACCAUCAGCCGGAACGUGUCCGCGAGCAGCUCCUUUGGCGACACCAGCUCCUUCAGCAACGAGAACAAUCUGCUGCGUCUCUCGCAGAGCUGCGAGCUGGACCGCAGCCAGGGCGCCGAGCUGGAGCAGGAGGCGCGCAAGACGCUGCUGCUGCGCCGACAGGAGAUCAAAAGCGAAGCGCCCGUGGAACAGGAGCGGGAAAGGGAAAGGGAACGGGAGCGAGAACAACCGAAAGUAAUGUCAAUUAGUUUGGAGCAGGUGCGCCAUGCCAAGCAGCUGCAGCUGCUGGCGGCGAUCUAUGCGCUGCUCAUGGAUCUGAAUCUGGUGCCAAAUGUGCUGACCGAGAUCAGCUACGCGCUGCAGUUGCUCAACAUAUGUGAUGUGGCGGGGGACAGCAGCAGCUCCCCCCAGUCGGAGCCACCGCUGGCUCUUUUAGCUGGCCACAAGGAGUGCAUCUAUUUUGCGGCCAAGCUGCUGGAGCAACAAAAGGAUCUGCUGCUGCAGCUGGAUCGCAGCUCGCUGGCCGUGCUGCUGCAGCACGAGCGCCUGUCGCUGCUGCCCAAGGCGCUGCUGGAGCAACUGGAGCAGCAGCAGAGCAAGCGGGCGCCGCGGAUCACGGAGGAAACGGAGAACAAGGCACAGCAGAAUGUGCACUAUCAGCACGAGAAGGAUGCGCGCGAUAAGUUUCCCAGCCAGCAGGAGUUUGGGGCAUUCAAGAGCCAGCGCGAUCUCUUCUACAAGUCGCUCAAGCUCUGGGAGCAACUGCAUCUGAAUCGCCUGUUCAGCUUUGGACGAGAGCUCGGGCCGCCUGUGCGGGACAUCUUCAGGCAGUCGGAGCAUGUGGUGAAUAUGUCGCACUUUGCGGGACUCUUUGUCAGCCAGCUGCUCAUGUCCAGCCGGGAGACGCACGAGUCGCCCGAGGAGCUGGGCCUCAAGCUCGAUCAGCAGCGUCUCAAUAGGCUCGCACAGCGUCUGGUCACCAGCAAUUCGAGCGUCGAGGAUCAGUUCCCGCGCACGCAGGCCUUCUUUCGUGAUUUUAUUAGUGAAUGCGGUUCGUUGGCGUUUCUCGUGCAGCUCCAGCUGGCGCUCUAUGUCCAGCUGUUGCGCCACAAUGACUCCAGCUUCGAGCUGCUCUCACUGCAACCCGAUGGCGAGGAGGAGCAGCAGGAGCAGCUGGCCUCACCAUAUAUUGUGCGCCCGCAGGCUCAGGCCGAGCUGCUCAUUUUGGCCAAGUUCUUGGGUUAUGUUUGCGCCUUUCCCUACAAUCGUUCAGCCAACGCCGCCAACACCUGCCAGCAGCAGCAGCUCCAGCUGCGACGCCAGUUCCGGCCACCAUUCGAGAUGCGGCUGCAUCUGGAGCGUGCCAUGCGCCAGGGCAAGCUGCUGAUCACGCUGCCCUGGCUGGUGCAGUAUCUGGUCAUGUUGGACCCGGUCACGCUGCAGCUGCCCGCCGCACUCGACACUCUGGAGCUGCUCUAUGCCUUGUAUGGCGGCGCCCUGGGAAAAACCCAUGCGAUUUUCAUUGCGCGCAGCUGCCUUGGCUGGCUGCUGGAAUCUCAGCCCGCGCUUAGCAGUGGCUACUACAGCCACAGGAGGAGCAGCAGCAGCACCACGAAACCGGUUGGAGCUACGGCAGCUCUCGUCUCCGAUUGCCUGCGUAGUCUGUGCUUCUCGGACGCGGGGAAGGCGGGAUCGCUGCUGGAGCAGCUGCUGCCGGUUGCGUGUCCCUUUCUGCACGAGUUCCGUGUCGCUAUUGCGCCCUCGCAGCGCCAGGUGCAGCGCAAUGGACGCUAUCGUUACAUAACCACGCGCCUCGAACAGCUGGGCGGCAGCGGCAGCAAGCAUAAUCCUCCGGCGGACACUGAAUCUCUGGCUGUGCCGGCUUCGGCUCAGCGCAAGCUGGUGGACGCCUUUUUGCACUCGCAGAACGCCUCGAUGCGGCGUCUGCUUGAAUUCGUGACGGAGCGCAGCUUCAAGUGCGUCGUCAAGGAUGCACAACAAACGAUACUCCUGCCCUCCAAGUCGCUGGCCGAUGCACAGGUCAACGGCAUUGAGUCGACGCAGCAGCACGAGGUGCUGCGGGAGCUGAAGCGCAUCUAUCAGCAGGCACGUGCUCAGGGCUGUCAACAGUGGACGGAUCGGGUGCCCGGCAUGUUGGAGCAGCGCAUUGAGCAGUCGCUGCUGGCGCUGCUGCCCGCCAAUACGAAUGACGUAGUGCGUCAUACGUAUGCGCAUUUGAUCCGGCAGCAGGCGCAGCUGCAGCUGCAACAAUGGCUGGAGAUUAGCGUGCUGCAGUCGAGCUUCUAUCACGGCGAUCUGCAGGAGCUGGCCAGCAAGGUGUGUCGCGCCAAUGGCCGGAGCAGCGCCCAGGCCCAGGUUGGCGUCAAUUCGAAUGACCUGUGCCUGACGGCGGCGGGCGACGAGCUGAGAUUGUCGCAGACUCUGCGCGAGCUGCAGCAAUGGGUGCAUUGCCUCAGCAUGCGGCCCGAAUUUCUGCCCUAUUUGGGCGAGCUGCUGCCGCUGCUCGAACGUACGCGGCAGGCGGCGCUGCUGCCGCAUUUGCCCAGCCAUUUCUAUCAUUUGCUCGGCUCCAUUUUGGUGCGUCUGCUGCAGUUGCUCAUGUGCCAGCAGCCGGAGCUGCUGACGCAGCCAAUUAUCAGCAUCAGCUGUGAGGUGUGGCUGGCGCCGAAGGUGCGUUCAGCUGAUGAGAAUGGCGCCCAUCCCAUCUAUUUGGAGGCAUUGCUUAGCGUCGGCUUUGUCCAGGAUCUGAGUGCGAAUCCUGCGCGCUUUCAGCUGCUCCACCAGCUACUACACAAUAUGCUAGAAGCACACGUACUGCACGUCGAUCAGCUCAAUCAGUUUUUCUUGGCACUCUUCAAGGAGGACUGGACACAGCCGGUGUGGAGCGCGCUCUCCCAGCUGCUGCAUCAGUUGUCCCAAAGUUGUCCCAGCAAAGUCAACGACGACGACGACGGCAAGUCGCAGUUGUUUAUGGAAAUGCUGGCGGAUUUGUCAAACGAUUUGGAUAGUUUUUAAGCUUAUAAAGUUAUAAUUAUAUCAUUCUCACAUUUAUCAUACAAUGUUUGUCGCUGUUAAUAAAUACUCUAUUUUUUGCAAAAGAA